AUGGAAAUGUCUCGGGAGAGCACGGAGGCACCGGUGAUCGUUCUGGCUCCUCCACUCGAUAUUCCAAUGGCACCGGACUACUACGGCUCGCCAGAAAAUGGCACCUCGUCGGUGAUACCAAAGGAUCCGUUCCCAACUUCUGUGGCAGACGUCUUGAGCUCGGUGAACUCGGCGAUGAUGGAUCCACUGGAUACUUUAAUCCAGCCUCAACGGACCAGUUCUACAGUGCACGACUACCAACCUAUCUAUCAAUAUCAUCAGUGUUACCCCCACCAAGAAGUCCAACCGGCAGCGCAACGACAUGAAGUUAAGUUGCCAGAACAAGUAGCAAAUCUAGUUGUAGAGGUACAAAGUUCUCUUUCGUCUAAAAGUUCAUAAAUGCUCCAGAUACCGCGGCGGAAGACAAAACGACCGCGAACGAUUUCAUCGACUUCGCCCACUUUAGAAGACUUUCUGCACGACCACGAACAGACGGAUAUCAAGCAGAUGCCACGUGUCACUGUCAGUGUUCGCCUCUCGAAAACAUUCAUGAUCGGUUCCCAUUUCCAGGGAAAACUCAAAAAGUUUCUCAUGCAAUUCGUCGUGCUUCCCUACGACAUUGACAUUCCGAAGGAAAAGGCGGUGACCGGGAUUCUGGAGAGAAUGAAGCCGCGGGCGGUGCCACGUUGGCAGAUUCAGAAACUGUUGUACAGCAUCAAACGGACGCGACGCGAGCACUUUCAAAAGUUGAACGAGCGAUUGUUCGAGGGGCUCAAUUGGGAUUUCGGAAUGGUGGCCAGCAUCAGUAUGGGCACUGAUGGCAAGAGAAAUUGAAUUGUUAGGCAUGUACAAUACUCAUAAGUAUAGCCCACACGUGAAGGAGUUGGGGGACCGCUGGAGACUUCCCAAACCUGUUGUCAAGUUCCAUUUCAGAAUCUUCCAUUUCGUGGUUUCUCUAGGUGGGCUAUACUUAUGACGGACAGUUUUCUGAGCAGAAAAGUUUGUAUUUUGAUGUGCUCCCUUUUGUGACUCACCCUGAGGUCCUACAGCAGAAAAAGUGAUUGUCAAAACAAAAAAGCCACAUGUGUACAUGUAGAAUAUACACAACAUUCUACAUUUCAUAUCAUAUAUGAUAUCUUUUCGACCAGUAUUGUCUCUUUUCUUUUCUUUUUCUUUUCCAGCUCUUUUCCAAUCGAAUAAACUCUUUUUCGCUCUUCACAUUCUUCAGUGCACUUUACACUCUGAAACUGUCCAAAUGAUUGAUUGGCUUGGGCGGAUGCAGUGUACAGUGUGAUCGGAGCAAUUCCGUCCGCACUUUUUUGUGUGUGCCAGCACUAAAACCAUCCGUUUUUCUCGAAGAUUCACCCCUCGCUUGCCCAUCCCGCCCCCUCGUUCUCUCAUUUUGUGACCUCCCGAAAACCGUCUUGCUCUCGCAAUUUCCAGUCAAACCUUGUUCUUCCGGAAGCCCUGCUGAAACCAUGAAAUCCGAGUGAGUUGCCCGAUUCAAACUGUACUUUUUGUUGAAGAAACAGGGAGCAAAGACCGGCGAGACUGGAUUUUCGUAUUGAUAAGACGUUCAUCGAGCAUUUGAGGGAAAGUUUGAAGGCGACAAUUGAGAAAAAGUCGACUUUCACGGACAUGGAAAAGAUCGGACAUGGAAGUAAUCGGGUAGGGCUUGGCGGGUUACUGUACUACUGUCAAUCAUGUUAUCAGUCAAUUGUGUGGGUCCUGGAAGAGUGCAUUCUCAAAAGUGACUUCGCACUCGCACGGAUUCCAUCUUCGCCCGAUGGCUACGGAUUCCGAGACCUCAUUUUCAACAUGCUCAGGAAUUUCGACGGAUUUGUGAGUUCUCUGCAAACGCGCUCUGUUGAGAAACUCUACAAAGAUUUUGUUCAGAAAGGAGUUUAUCUGUCGCCUGACUGGAUCCCGGAAGUUGACGAAACACAAUACUGGUCUUGUUUUCGAUUGGAUCCCGCGCCACUCGUGAGACAUCAGGAAGAGUUGAAGAAGAGCAUCAACGGGCACAAACGGACGGAUCUGAUGAUCUUCCUGGUCAGCAUGGUCAUUGCGAUUCUCGAGAAGGUCAGUCAGAGCUCAGCACAUCUCGUCUCGAUUUUGCCAACUUCAGAACCCCAAAUUCCGAUCUCGAGUCUCAACAUCUUCUCAAUCUUCGAGGUGAUCAUCAAUCAGUUCGUCAUCAAUUUCCUAAGUGCCUUUGCAAAAGUUUCGCCGAAGAUCAACAGCGAGGUUUUGUUUUACAGUUUGCCGUUUCCCGCCGCAAUUUCAUUUUCAUUUUCAUUUUCAUUUUCAGCUCGACAAAACCGCGAAACGCUUCAAUUCCUUGACGCGGACGCGGGAUAUGAAGAAGAUUGGAAAGCUGCCCACAAUUCAGUGUCUCUCCAAGAAGAAGGUCAUCUCGCAGAACGAUUUCGGAGCGAGAAUGGGAGCCAACGGUACGAAGAUGCCCGAAACGGCUCAGCUUCCCGCCCAAGCACCUUGGGCUCCUCAGCCCGGAGCAUUCGAGCCGUUCCAUCUUGCUCGCCCCACACCCGUCUACUAUCUUCCCGAUAUCUCAGUGAGUUUUACUCUUAUACCUUAAAACUCUUUACUUUCUCUACAUUUCAGACAAUACAUCCGAGUUGGUUCCAACCUGAAUACACAGCUCCACCGGUCUACAACCCUCCCCCGGAAUUCGGAACUGUGCUCAACUCCCCAGAGUACAUGAGCUCUCUGGGAAUUCCGCCGUCGUUUCCGAUGCCAAACCUGAACUAUAUGUCCGUAACUCCUGCUCAACCUCCCCCGAUUGUCCCGCAGAAUAAACCGCCUUCUCUCAAAUCAGGAGCAAACCCGAAACUUUCUCUUCGAAUCGCUAAAACGGCGUCCGGACCGUUUCUGGUCCCGCCGGCCACACUUUUCGGAUCGGAUUCCCAGGAUUUGGCUCAUCACAUCGGAUUCAUCCCGUCAAUUGUACAAAAGCAACCGGUUUCGGCUCCUUUGCCUGGACAAAACACCUUUUUCGAUAUGAGGAAUGUGCCCACCCACGCACCGCCAACAUGUGUCACCAGCUCCGUCCUCGACUCGACCGUUUCCGACUUUGACCUGGCUUCUGCUCUCGCCACGGCUCUCGCUCCGUUCCCCGAGCUUGGAGCAGCUCCGAAGAGCCCUCCUAAGCAAUCAGAAGACGUGCUCACUUUGUCGCCAACACCAGACCUUCCACACUUGUCAGUGGCCGUUUUGGGAGUCCCCAUGCCGAAUUUAGUUACGAAACGAAGAUACCUUUCGGUUAGUCAGUCUGAUAUGUAAUCAAUUUCAAACUGAACUGCAGGUCGUUCAAAAAGCGCAAUUGAAAUCGUUCAUACUCCCGGAAGAUUUGGACGGCACCCGACAAAUGUCGAUUGUGGCGAGACAGAUUAUGAUGCGACAGUUCAAGGCGACUGGCUCACACGCCAGACAGAAUCAGGUAAUAUUCAGUUCAAAAGGGUAAUGACACUUAUAAUCAGAAGUUUGCAGGUCACUCAUUUGUUAUCCGCAAUGAGGAAGGAGCGAGAGAGCAAGUAG